AUGACAAGUCAAAAUGGCGACAGAAUGGUGCUACAAGAUAAGACAAAUAAUGUGCACUUAGAUUCUAUGAGCGGAAACGAUAUGUUUCGAUUUCGCAACCUACAACAAUGGUACGCAACGAGUACAUGGAAUGUAAAAAGAAAAGUCCUUCGAAAUAUAUUAGACAUUUGCAAGGAUCCGUUGUUAUUAUUUAUUUUGCAUACAAUUUUCGACAGAACGUACUCCAGAGACCUUACAACGUACAAUAUUGGCGAUUCGUCUUUUGAUAAUAAUCCAGCCGAAGACAGCACAUCCUUAGAAUUGACCGCAUUAAAAUUAACGAUGAACGAUGACCUUAAUUGGUUUCGUGGAUUGUCAAAACACGACCAACUAGCAGUAUUUAUCAGACUUGUGUCAUUGGGUGGAAUCAAUAUUAUAACUGAUAUUUGCAAUCACAUCAAUCAUUUGAUUAGGUCAUAUGGUAAUUUACCGAAUUUGCAAGACAUGAUUGGCAAAAAUACUGAAAUACAAAAUUCUAUUUUCAUAGUACAAGACGACUUAUUAUUGACAGACAGAUUAUCAGGUUCCGAAAAAAUACUAUCAAAAUCUAAUUUUGACAAAAAUAAGUCCAAGAUUACUGAUGUGGUAUAUCGGGAUUAUAUUGAAUGCACAAACGAAUGGAAAAACAAAUUGGAUUUAUUCGACCAGAAAUACCAAACGAAUUGUAGAACCACUGAACUCGACAGCGACUUGGUCCAAAUGCUACCGGUUAGGCAUGAUAUUCCUUCUAGCGAGGAAUUAUUAAGCAAUCGUUGUAAAGAAAUUAACGAGAUCACAACGUCAACUAACGGGAAUACCGAACGUAAACCAUUGCGUUUAAGUCAUACAUUGGCUUCUGUAACAGAGUAUAAAAAAGCAAGAAACUACAUUGACAAGAAAAUUGACAGACGUUUAAAAAUACAGGAGACAAUGGAGCUAGAUAAUAAAACUGAAAUAAACAAAUGCAAAAAUGUCAAACUUCAAGCAAAAGAAUUUAAUAGUUUGUACACUGAAAGUGCUGAUAUUAUGUAUGAUUAA